GUCAAAUGUGAAAGGCACCAAAACUAUAAGGGACUAGUGUUAUAAUUUAGAACCGAUCGGGGGAGAGAAGAGUUUCACAUCUGAAGGGGGUUGAAGAUAAAUCGCAAGGGAGGUGGGUGCAUCAUCGUCCCUAAGCUUUUACAAGCAAGCCAAAACAGUUGACUCCUUAUACGACGAAGAUGGUCUCCACAAGCAGGAUCAAAUCCGUCGAUUUCUACAGGAAAAUCCCGAGGGAUUUGACAGAGGCGACUCUCUCUGGAGCUGGUUUGUCCAUUGUAGCAGCCCUCUCUAUGCUCUUUUUAUUUGGAAUGGAGUUAAAUAAUUACUUGGCUGUCAGCACUACAACGUCCAUCAUCGUUGAUCGGAGCUCUGAUGGAGACUUCCUGCGCAUGGAUUUUAACAUAAGCUUCCCAUCACUUUCAUGUGAAUUUGCAUCUGUGGAUGUCAGUGACGUAUUAGGAACUAAUAGGCUAAAUGUAACAAAGACAAUUCGGAAAUUUUCUAUUGAUUCGAAUUUGAGACCUACUGGUUCUGAGUUUCACUCUGGGGAAGUUUUAUCGCACGUUAAUCACGAUGAAGCAGGCGAAGAAGUAGUUGAAGAUUCUGUAUCCCUUACUAGCCGCAACUUCGACACAUUGUUACAUCAGUUCCCUAUCUCGGUUGUUAAUUUCUAUGCUCCGUGGUGCUAUUGGUGUAAUCUCCUGAAACCAUCGUGGGAGAAAGCAGCAAAACAAAUAAAAGAGAGGUAUGCCAAUAUACUCCCUUUAGAUAAAGAAUCUGUGGUACUAUUUUUUUCUUAUAAAUGUCUUGCUUUUGGUAGAUAUGAUCCAGAAAUGGACGGACGUGUCAUUUUGGCAAAAGUGGACUGCACCCAAGAAGCUGAUCUCUGUCGGAAGAAUCACAUUCAAGGGUAUCCAUCAAUUCGUAUUUUCCGCCAAGGCAGUGAUCUUAAGGACAAUGCACACCAUGAUCAUGAAUCGUACUAUGGAGAUCGUGAUACAGAAAGCUUAGUGAAGAUGGUGAUAGGUCUGGUUGAACCAAUCCAUCUGGAGCCCCAUAAACUAGCAUUAGAGGACAAAUCCGACAAUGCAUCGAAAACUUUAAAAAAGGCACCUUCUACAGGAGGAUGUCGAAUUGAAGGAUACAUACGUGUAAAGAAGGUUCCAGGCAACCUAAUGGUUUCAGCUCGCUCGGGAUCUCAUUCAUUUGAUUCUACUCAGAUGAAUAUGUCCCAUGUUGUUAACCAUCUUUCAUUUGGGCGGAAGAUUUUGCCUCAGACAUUCACGGACUUAAAGCGCUUGUCACCGUAUCUCGGACAAAGCCACGACCGUUUGAACGGUCGCCCCUUCAUCAAUCAACGUGAUCUCGGUCCUAAUGUUACCAUCGAGCAUUAUCUUCAAAUAGUAAAGACAGAGGUAUUGAAAAGCAAUGGACAUGCAAUGGUCGAGGAGUAUGAGUACACAGCUCAUAGCAGCGUUGCUCAUAGUUACUAUUUACCAGUCGCCAAGUUUCACUUCGAGCUCUCACCGAUGCAGGUUCUCAUAACCGAAAACUCCAGAUCCUUCUCACACUUCAUUACCAAUGUAUGCGCCAUUAUCGGUGGUGUCUUCACGGUUGCCGGAAUCUUGGAUUCUAUUCUCCACCAGACGAUGACACUGAUGAAAAAGAUUGAACUUGGUAAAAACUUUUGAAGCUUUGCCUGAGAGUUUCAUUUAGUUUUCUAUGUAACCUGUCCGAAAUUUUUGUUAUAUGUUACACAACCAGAUGAGCGAUAAGUAUACUUCAAAAUGUUGGGAAAAUGUUUAUCCAUUUGAAUAUGUUAUAUUUCAAAAUCCUUUAGACGUG